AUGCGUCUUUUGCAACGUAGCAACGCUGGCGAGUUCAGUCUUACCAAGGACUUGAUUGGUAAUGAUAAGAUCCCUUGCUAUGCGAUAUUGUCGCACACAUGGGGAGCAGCCGUUGACGAGGUUACUUUCGAAGACCUAGGAAAGGCCACCGGCAAGAGUAAGCUUGGCUACAAAAAAAUCCAGCUUUGCGGUGAUCAAGCUAGGCGAGAUGGCUUGGAAUACUUUUGGAUAGACACCUGUUGUAUCGACAAGUCAAGCAGUGCAGAACUACAAGAAGCGAUUAACUCUAUGUUCCACUGGUAUCAGAAUGCAGAGAGAUGCUACGUGUAUCUCUCCGACGUCCUACACAGUACUUCUGAUGGUUAUGACGAGUGUUCGCAAAGAUGGAAACCAGCAUUCAAGAAAAGCAGAUGGUUUACUCGUGGCUGGACCCUUCAAGAACUUAUCGCACCUGGAUCCGUUGAAUUCUUCUCUAGAGAGUGGACGCUUCUUGGCAACAAACAGUCAUUAGAACAAACUAUUCACGAGAUAACGGGAAUCGCCAUUGAGGCCCUUCAGAGAAGUCCCUUGUCCCAGUUCAGCAAGGAUGAGCGAUUAUCAUGGGUAGCAAAGCGCCAAACAACACGUGAGGAAGACGAGGCGUAUUGCUUGCUGGGCAUCUUCAACAUUCACAUUCCGCUUAUAUAUGGCGAAGGGCGAGAGCACGCAUUGGCUCGGCUUGAGGAACAAAUCAACAAUAACCCGAAAGAAAGGAUGUUG